AUUAGAUACAAGGCUGUAGUUGAUGUUGGGAUAUGUAUCUAGUAAUUUUUUUUAAUCAGUAGAUCGCGUUGAGUUUAACAGUGACAAUGGAAUUAAGCGAACAGCAGAAAAAAAUAAUUGACAAGGUCGCAAAACAAAACGGUUUCUGUGAUUACCAAGUGGUUUCAAAUGCUGGGUCAUUUAAAGGUGACAAUUUUAUGGGAAUUAUUAGUUCAAUUUUAAUCAAAAGUGGUGAUAAAACAUUGGAACUAGUUUUAAAAUCUGCACAUACAAAUGAAGCUUUUAGAAAAGCUGCUCCUCUUCACGAUGCUUAUGAACGUGAAAUAUAUUUAUAUGAACAUGUGUUUGAGGAGUUUAAAAAGUUUCAAGAACAAUACAAUAUUGUAGAUCAAUUUACUAGCGUACCUAAAGCAUAUUUGUGUUCUUCAGAAGAUGGCCACGAAGGACUUUUAAUGGAGAACCUAAAAACACAAGGCUAUAAACUUUGGAAUAAGAAACUUCCCAUGAAUCCUGGACAUGUAAAAGCUGUUUUAAAAGAAUAUGCGAAAUUCCAUGCUGUUUCUCUGGCUAUGAAAGAUAAAAGUCCCGAACAGUUUAGCAAACUUACAGCCAAAGUGUAUGCAAAUGUUUUUGAAGCCAAUCCGUCCUUCAACAAUGAAGAAAGAUUAAAAGAAUUUGUAGCCUCAGCGAUGGCAAGUGGAUAUGAAGUUGUAGCAGGUGAUUCAGAACUUACAGAAUGUCUCAAAAGGGUUGAAAGUAAAGUCAAUAAUGCUUUUUUUAAAAAACUAAAGAAAGAAAAAUAUAAGCUCGUUAUUAAUCACGGAGAUUGCUGGUGUAAUAACUUUUUAUUUAAAUAUGAAGAUCCCGAAAAGAUUGAAAACCCCUCCAGUCUUCGGAUAUUGGAUUGGCAAUUAUCUUCCUGUUCUACACCAGCAUACGAUAUAAGUUAUUUCUUUAUAGUCAACAGUUCAAAAGAAAUAUUUGAUGAUUACAAAACAUAUCUUAAACUUUACCAUGAUACUCUUUCUUCACAACUACUCAACUUUGGUUGUGAUCCACAAAAACUGUUUCCAUAUUCCUUGUUAGAGGAACACUUACAACUUCUCUUUUCAUUUGGUCUUUACAUGAGUUUCAUGAUUGUUAAAAUAAUGGUCUCGGAAUCUGAAGAAGCACCAGAUUUUGUGGAAAUUUCCGAAAAAAAUGGUGAUCUUGUAAAGGGCAUGAGUUUCAGUGUUAAAAAUAUGGACGAAUAUACAAGGAGAAUAAAAUAUAUUAUUUCAUUUUUAAGAGAUAAUAAUUACAUAUAAAUAUUUUCUAAAUUUUAAUUUAAUUUUAAAUAAAAUGUUAUCGUUUUCAAAGGUUUUAUUUGUAUUUUUUUUAACUUUUGAGUACUCUGGUAUACGAUCAUUAUAGAACAGUUUUUCUCUGAAUAAAUAAAUAUUUCUUGGUAAAUUUACUUUACUCUUAAAACCGUA